AUGCUGAUCCUCUAUCAGUACGUGGCUCCCGGGGUGAUCAAUUUCGGCUCCCCGCACGGCUAUUUCACGGAGGAAGACGAGGGGGACAUCUUCCCCACUCCGGACCCCCACUACGUGAAGAAAUACUACUUCCCCGUCAGGGACCUGGAGAGGACGAUCGAUUUCCAAAUCAAAGGGGAGGACGUGAUCGUGUUCUUGCACAUCCAGAAGACCGGCGGGACUACCUUCGGCCGGCACCUGGUCCAGAAUGUGCGCCUGGAGGUCCCCUGCGACUGCAGACCCGGGCAGAAGAAGUGUACCUGUUACCGGCCCAACCGCAAGGAGACCUGGCUCUUCUCCCGGUUCUCCACCGGCUGGAGCUGCGGCUUGCACGCGGACUGGACGGAGCUGACCAACUGCGUGCCGGGGGUCCUCAACAAGAAGGAGAACAAGCAGAAAAAUCUGAGAAAGUUCUACUACAUCACUCUCUUGAGGGACCCCGUGUCUCGCUACCUCAGCGAGUGGAGGCACGUGCAGCGGGGGGCCACGUGGAAAACCUCUCUGCACAUGUGCGAUGGACGGACCCCCACGCCGGAGGAGCUGCCGUCCUGCUACGAGGGCUCUGACUGGUCGGGGUGCACCCUGCAGCAGUUCAUGGACUGUCCGUACAACCUGGCCAACAACAGACAGGUUCGCAUGUUAGCAGAUCUGAGUCUCGUGGGCUGCUACAACAUGUCGACGGUUCCAGAGAAGAAGAGGGCUCAGCUUCUGCUGGAGUCAGCCAAGAAAAACCUGCGAGACAUGGCCUUCUUUGGCCUCACCGAGUACCAGAGGAAAACCCAGUUCCUCUUUGAACGAACCUUCAGGUUGCGCUUCAUCAGGCCAUUCAUGCAGUACAACAGCACCCGGGCUGCGGGGGUGGACCUGGACAACGCCACGAUCCAGCGUAUAGAGGAGCUGAACGAACUGGACAUGGAGCUCUACGACUACGCCAAGGACCUGUUCCAGCAGCGCUACCAGUACACCCGGCAGCAGGAGAAGCGGCAGCAGCGCAUCAAGAACCACAUGCAGCAGAGCCACCUGGGCCUGGGGGUCAGCCUGUGGCCCUCCCGCAGCCGGCAGGGCAUGGCGUCCACACUGGAGGAGGACGGGGAGAGAGAGGAGCGGGAGGACGGGGAAGAGGGCGGCAGAACGGAGGAGGCGGGCAGCCGGCUCCCUACCGAGGACUACAUGAACCAGAUCAUCAACCGCUGGUAG